AUGGGCAAGGAUCUGAGCGAUGAGCAGGUGUCAUCAAUGAAAGAAGCUUUCACACUCUUCGACACAGACGGUGACGGAAAGAUAGCUCCAUCGGAAUUAGGGAUCUUAAUGCGAUCUCUCGGUGGAAACCCGACCCAAGCCCAAUUAAAAUCAAUAAUCGCCGAGGAGAACUUGACGGCACCAUUUGAUUUUCCUAGAUUCCUUGAUUUAAUGGCAAAGCACAUGAAAGCUGAGCCGUUUGAUCGACAGUUACGAGAUGCGUUCAAAGUGCUUGAUAAGGAUAACACGGGAUUUGUAUCUGUUGCGGAUCUGCGUCAUAUUUUGACCAGUAUUGGAGAGAAGUUGGAGUUGGCGGAGUUUGAUGAGUGGAUCCGAGAAGUUGAUGUCGGGUCCGAUGGGAGGAUCCGGUACGAGGAUUUUAUUGCCAGAAUGUUCUGUCAUCUUGUUGAAAUUGGAGCUCUUGAAGAUUUUCAACCAGAUGCAGAUGCUCUGGUUCAACAGAAAGUGCAGGAGCAGACAGAUUCUGAUGACUAA